UUCCUUCUUUUUGACUCAUUUGUUCCUUCUUUUUUCUCCACUCAAAUUCUUAUAUAUUAUUCCUUUUAUUUAAAAACUAAACUAUUCAAAAUUUAUUGUAAUGGGAUUCCUAAACAAAAGCCUUUUCACUACCCUCUUCAUCACUACUCUUUAUAAGGUCACUUAAAUUGGCUCGUGUCGAAUAGCAUUGAAGGUUCUACAAAACUAUAAAGUAUAAACGAGAGCAUAACCGAUAAUGGGAGGUUGCUGCUCUUCAUCUCAAAAAUUCCAGCUCCAUGGAACUCCGGUGUAUAAUUAUUGUCCGCCAGCUUUGGAGGAACAUGAAUCAACAACACCCCGCGAGAGUUCGUUUUCAACAAGAUUACUUAUCGAUGUAAAUCUUGACACAUCAAUACCCGACACAUAUAGAUCUCCCCCAACCCCUAUUCCAUUUGAUGUGGUUUUAGGAAUUCCACAAUCAACAAACAUGGCCUCCGAUGAUCAAGCUUAUCAAAAACCGACUCUUGUGAAAGUCAAGAUAUUUGACCAUGUAGCCGAGGGAAACGCCCCUAUUGUUGAGUCCCCUAAGAAGGUUGAGGUUGGAAUUCAAACAUCAAAAAGUCUUGAUUGUUCUACAAUGGAGGAAGAGGAUGUUUGUCCCACUUGUUUUGAAGAGUAUGAUACUGAGAAUCCAAGAAUAGUAACGAAAUGUAACCAUCAAUUUCACCUUUCAUGCAUUCUCGAGUGGAUGGAACGAAGCAACACUUGCCCAAUCUGCAGUCAGGAAAUGCACUUUGAAGCUCUAUGAUUCACUCACUUUCAAAAACAAAUUAUUUGAAUUGAAGCAGUUGUUGUUGGGCAAUGAAUUUUGCUAGCAUUUGGCGCCAAGAAGAUUCGUGUGUGGUUGUUUAUACCGGUCAGAGGGGUGUUUGAGAUUGCUUAUCUCCCUUUCGUAUAAUUUUCUUGAUUAAAUAUUAGUAAUUUAUAUAAACCAUUUUAACUAUUCCUACAAUCAUGAUCUAUUUAAAAAACAGAAAGAACUUAGAUUGAUAUAA